AUGGAAGAUAUCAAUCCCGCCUACAUCCCACGUGUUCUGAAGCAGAUAGACGUCAAUAGAAAAGCGAAGGGCAAGGCGAGGCGCGUUGAAACACCUACGAGCAAGCCCAAGACGCCCUCGAAGUCGGGGGGGAUUCUGAAUUUCUUCGGUUCGAAUGCAAUCAUACCACCUUCUGCAAAAGUAACCAAGACGCCUUCACUCCGGCCCACCCAGCAUAGUCCUAAGAAAAUGAUUGUUGGUCGGCAAAGCGGUAAACGAACAUUGGUCGAGGUCAUGGACCAAGACCUUUCGGCGAAGCGUGCGCGACGGGAACCUGUUCCCAAGUCCAAGAAAGCCAAUAACACUGACGAUAUGACCCUUUCCAAAUUCUUCGCUCCGCAAGCUGGCCCAUCGAGAAACCUACUAGACAAGGAGAACGUAUGCAUAGUGGUCGAGGAUUCAGACUGCGAAGAGAUUGACUCUCAAUGCGAUUUCUCAACUGUGGCGAAGGGCCAUGUUGAUGCAGAGAUGUACAUGUCGGUAUCGAAUGGAGUGGUAGACGACCCUGUUGAACAAGAGGAUGGCUAUAUCUCCCCUUCGCCAUCACGUUCGCACGAUUUCCCCGACCUGUCCUCUCCCGCGGGUCCUACAUCCCAGCGGAAGGACAGCGCUGACUUUGGGGUGGACCCCGUUUCGAGCCCGUUCUCUCCAUCGGCUCCCAAGCAGAAGAAGGCGAGGCGUCGGUCGUGGAGUUACGGGCCAAACGUGGAGACCCCAACGGCGGUACGAUUGAAACGCGUGUCCCGGCCUACGGAUGAUGGAGAUAACGAUGGUAUUGGAAUGCCCAAAGUGUUCCUGGGUCCCGACCUCAGGAGUGCAUUGUGCGGCGACGACAGCGAGAUAGACGGGUUCGACGAUGAUGAUGAGUCUGAAUGUUUUGGAGGCGAAGCUGACACCUCUGGCUCGACGUCGCCGCCUAGCCCUUCCCCUCCAACACCAAUCGAUUCCUCUCAGGUAGUUUUAAAUGUUCGCGUCAGGGACGUUUCACUGGUGCUUGGCGCAGACGAUAUCUGUGACAAUCUUGAUGAAGAUGCAUUGGAGGCCAAAGCUCGGCGCGAACGCGUUGAGGUGGUAGCACAGGGGUGGAAAGAGCGAUGGUCAUUUGCGGGGAAGGCCGGUCUUCGGCGGUCGGAAACAAAUGUUACGCCGAUGGGAAGGCAUACUCCGCUGGUGGAUCGCAGUGACAGGAGGAAGGGAGGUUUGGGGCGACAUCUUGCCAGUGCAAAACCUAUUCCGGCCUUGGGAUUAAAGCAGAGGCAGCGAAGAAGUUUGACUUUUGUCAAGCAAGGCGAAGAGCACUAG